UAUCAGCUACCGUUUGGCCCGACCGAGUGCCCAAGCCCCGUGGACAGUGCCAAAGCUGCAGUCUGGGAAAUUACCGCCCCAUCAUGAAGUGUGAAAUCGUCCUUCUGCUCGCGUGCGCCACCGCCACCCUGGCCGCCCCCCAACGAUCAGACGCCGAGGCCGAAAUCAUCGCGCAAGACAACAACAUCGAACCGGACGGAACCUACCAGUACAGUUACGAAACGGCGAACGGUAUCCGAGGUCAGGAAACGGGAACGCUCAAGCGAGCCAACACUCCCGACACGAGUGACGUAAUCGUAGCGGCUGGUUCUAUCAGCUACACCGCACCCGAUGGCAGUUUGGUCGAGUUGAGCUACACCGCGGACGAUGAGAAUGGAUUCCAGCCGUCUGGUGCGCACCUUCCCACACCGCCCCCGAUUCCACCCCAGAUCCAGAAGGCGCUUGACUACUUGGCCAGUCUGCCACCGUCGAAUCAGCGGCGCUAGUGUGCUUUGCUCCUGCGAUCAUCGGAAAAACCGCCGGCCAAAUACUCAGCGCCAGCCGUCAGCCGUUGGGCGGGUUCGGUUGCGCGAGAGAUACAUGAAACACACCCACCGACACACGCACACGUACACGAGGGUAAUGGGGGUCGUCCUGCUCGGGGGUUUUGGGAGGACGAUGAGUUUCAAACGCGUAAUAAAGCACGCAC